AUGGGACACAAGUCCAAACACACCAUUUUGUUGAUAGGAGGUUGUAAUUCCAUCGGUGAAGAUCAGGAAAAUGAUGAAAUAAAAGUAACCGGAAGGAGAGAAAAUAUUGGCUUCUGCGAGUAUUACGAUUCACAAGCAGCGGUGAGCGCAACGCGAAAUUUGAAUAACCUCGAAAUCGAUGAUCGAAGAUUAAAAGUUUUCAUCGCGAACCGCAUCGAUCCGUCUUUGGCCCUGGUCGAGAGUCGUUACGAAAAGGAGGAUGGGUCAACAGCUUUUUCCCAAGCACAACAACAUAACUCCGUUGUGGAAAUCAACACCCCGAAAGUUGAACCCACGUCUAAGACAGGGAUGAAUCGGCUACAACUCAUUGACGCCUUGAUUACUCUAAAGGUGGAAUUGACAUUAUUGUUCGAAAAAAGCGAAAUGCAAGCCAAGGAAUUAUUAAAUAGUAAUCCUCGAUUAUCGCAAGACAUGUUCUCGACACUGUUAGAGCACAGUCUUGUUGAAAAAGAAUGGUUGCAGGUUACCAUUUUAUAUCAAAAUCAUUCGCACUCUUUUAUCGGCGACUGGAACGAUGUGUGA